UUUCAUUUCAGUUUGUCUGAGAAAAUCUCCAUAAACCCUAAAUGUUAAACUCAUGCUACACUCACAAACGCUUUCCUAGAAUUUCUCUCUGCGUAGCUUUUUCUUGGGAGAAGAUGCGUGUCUGAGUAUUUGACAACUUGUAAAUGUCCGAGAGCUUCGGGUAAUAUAUUGGAACGAAGAGAAAUUUGGGGGUUUUUUGGAUUUUGAGUAUAAAAAUGGCAACUUUAGAAGAUAUUGUUGCUGCAACAAAAAUCCUCUCUGAUGAUCCUGACUCCGAAAAACCGAAAGAAGAUCGAACUAGUGCUUCUAAUCUGAGAAAAUGCGAUGGUGGUUCUGAUCCUGAUGCUAUUGUUAGUGAACAAGUUGUGCAGAGUGAUGUAAUUGUGGAGUCUACCGUUGACGCGAAUGGUUGCAAUCAAAAUAAUGAAAUUGGUGAGAAUUCUUUGGAGGAAACGGGGGAAUGUGAUAAGGAAUUGGAUGGAAGUGGGACUGAUGUUAUGGAUGUGGACGGAGAUGGAUGUGAAGGAGGCGUUGAAGAUGAUAAGAUGAAUGAUUUGGAGAUGAAUAAAGAGGAACACGGGUUUCGUGUGGGGGAUUUUGUUUGGGGUAAAAUCAAGAGUCAUCCGUGGUGGCCCGGGCAGGUGUAUGAUCCAAAAUAUGCUUCAGAGUUUGCUAUGGCUCGUAAACAAGAGGGUCGUCUCCUAGUGGCCUUUUUUGGGGAUAAUUCUUGUUCUUGGUGCUCACCGUCACAGCUGAUACCCUUUGUGGAUAAUUUUUCAGAGAUGUCGAAAGGUAGUAGUUCUAAGAGCUUUCUUAAUGCUGUACAGUCUGCUACGGAUGAGGUUGGUAGGCUGUUGGAGUUAGAUAUGAGAAGUAAGUGUAUCUCUAAGGAGAAGAAAGACAGUCUUGCUAAGCCAGAGGUGACGAAUUCUGGAUUGAACGCAGGGGUUGUCUUGCCCGAGGUAGAUGUUUGUCGACUUCCCUUCCCCAAGUAUGAACCUGCAGAUGUGUUGGAUAAAGUCAAGCAGUUAGCAAAUGUGGUUUCUGUGGGAAAUGCUCUCGACCUUGCUGUUUUGAGGAGUUGGUUGUCUGUGUUUUAUUAUUAUAAAGGUGGUCAUAUGCUGUCUGCGUAUCACGAGCCCUUUCAUAUUGAAGGUUUGGAAGACAAGAAUCAAGGCAGAAAUGGGGCUGGGGUUGAUUUCAGUGUUCCGAUUGAAGUCCCUAUCCUUGGCCCACAGGACGAUGACUGGCUCUCUACGCCCAGAGCUCGUUCUGUGAACUCACGCUCUCCGUCGGAGAAUAAGGUUUUGCAUAAACGGAAGCAGAGAAGUGUGGCUGAGCUCAUGGGAGAAAACAAAAAUUUUAAGCCGGAAAGUAGGAAGCUGGUAGCUUCAGAUAAACAGGGCACAGAUGUCGAGAAGUCCACGACCACCCAGAAGAGGAAGAAGGAUAACAAUGGAGAACUUAAGGGAGCUGGCAGUGAGCACCCUUCUUCAACAGGUAAAAGAGGUAGGAAGAAAUUGGCAGAUAUCUCAGUGUUGUCCCCUAUGAUAACAGAUGCAAAAGAUAACAGUGCAGAUGGUGUAAACGGAGGCAAGUUGUCACUGAAACCAAAGGAAAUUAAUGUUUCUGCUACUGAAGAUGCUUCUGAAGCCAGAGAUGACUCAGAUACAUUGUCUACCCCGAGGGAGAGGAAGAAGAGCAAAUACUUAUCUCCUCCGUAUACAAAUCUUGCAUGGAGAGUGGGUAACGCGAGUUUUAAGUCUGCAGCACAAGCUGAGAAUGGUGUAUCUACCAAGACGGCUGAGGCUGGAGAGCGCACAGAGGAACGGGAAACUGGUACGUCUCAGUCUGUGGACAUCGGGCUGACAGGAACUGUUAGUACCUCUGUCGAAACUGAUACGCAGAUAGUCAAGGAUGGUAAGAAGCUGAGUUUCUCUGUGUCUGAUGUUGAUCUUCCGGUUAAUGAACUGCUGUUAGAGAUACAACACGCAGCUCUCGAUCCAUUUUACCUAAGCAAGAAAGGUUCCCUUGAUACGGUUUGGGCAUUUAUCUCUGCACUCAGAAACUCAACCUACUUGCGCGGAUCGGACUAUAAAAUAUAUCUCAAUCGCAAAACAGGUAAAGGGAAAUCAGUGCCGUCUGAGCUAAGGGAUGUAAGCAACGAACUAACUGAGGAGAAAACAGACAACAAAUCGCCCGACCAGGAUAUUCUUGUAGCAUCAAAGACGCCUAAGAAGUCCAAGAAAGCUGUUGAGGCAAGUGUCGCGAAAAGUAGCAAAGAAUCUGAAAAGGGCAAAACUUGGCCAUGCCUUAAUCUGUCUUUCACACCUGGAUUUCCUGUGCCUUCAAAGAAAGAGGUUGUGGGGAUGUUUGCCAAGUUUGGGAGCCUCAGCACUAGAGAAACGAAGGUCGAAAAAGAUAGCAACUCAAUCAAGAUUGUGUACAGGAAGGACUCAGAUGCAGAAGCAGCCUUCAAAUCAUCAGCAAGCCAGUGUCCAUUUGGUUCAGAGAAUGUUAGCUACGCGUUGCAGCGGUCUCCUGCUGGUUCAAAGUCGCGUAGAUCUCAUCUAAAAGCGUCGCCGCCUCCUAAUACAGCUCCUGAGAAUCGAAAAGCUGAGAACUUGGUUUCGGAUCUCAAUACCAUCAAGCAGAAGCUUGAGAUCACAACGGCCAUUGUGGAGAACUACCGUUCGAAAUUCUCAUUGGAGGACGAGUCGGGUUUGAAGGACGAAAUGAAGCAUCUGAUGGAGAAGAUUGAGACAGUUGGCGACAUGGUAAGAGUUAUUGCUGAGAAAAGCUCAUCGUGAUCUAGUGUUGGUCUGCAAAUGCAAUUGUUGUAGAUGUUUUUGGUUGAGUUUGAUGGAAGACGAGAGAGCACCAAUUUUAUUUAUUUUUGUUUUGAUGUUAGCCUUUUGUAUAUUGGCAAUAGGAUAAACAGGGGUGUAGGUAUACCCUGCUGCUGCACCUGCUCUAUCAUUCUAAUAAACCUAGGUUUCACUUUGUUA